GUCUACAAAAAAAGUGCGGUUAUACUUCAUAUUUUAAACUAUAUAUUUUGUUUUCAUCUUAUAAUUAAAGAUUAUGUACGAUACUGAAAGUGUUUCAUCCGUAGAAGAUGACUUAGAAGUUAAAAACCUUUUUUUAAAUAGUGCAGCUAAUAGUGAAGUAGAAACAGACAAACCAUUAUCACCUAUUUUAAAAUCGGCUUUGAACAGAAAGUGUUUUGGGAGAAAAAGUCGUAACAGAAUACAACUAAGUAAGAAAUUCGAAAAAGAAAAGUGUACUGAAACGUGUAUAGAGAAAGAGAUUCAAGAAUUCAAUGAAGAAAGCUUUACUUUGACUGAAACUGAAAAUUUAGUAGAAUGUUUGGAGAGACUUGAAGAAAUAGAGAAAAAUCGAGAAAUUGCUUAUAAACAUUUAGUUAAUAGUAAAAGGAGUAAUUUAUGCUUUAAAAAACCAACAUUACCUGCUCCUAAAACCCCAAAAAGACUGAAAACUGCUGUAUUCAGUCCUGUACCUCUUCAGGAACCUGUACAUAUUGAACAUAAUGAAGAACCUUGCGAAAGAUUAAUACUAACACCACAAACACCAAUUGAUUUACCAAAGUCAUCUAAUUUUCAAACAGCUACUGGUAAAUAUAUACAUAUAAACCCAGAAGAAAUAGAAAACAACUUGAAAGUAUUUGAAUGUGAUCAGAACAAAUACAGUUUUUUGAAAAAAUCACAAUGUUCCCAAAAUAUUAACUCCAACACUACAAUAACAAAUAAUUGCACAGUAAGUCAAUAUGAUGAAAUUACAUUCACACAAGCUGUUGGUGGUUCUGGAAUAACUGAUACACAAAUUUUAUUUGCUGUAGAUCAUACAUUAGGUGAUCAUGUUUUAAAGACAGAUGAGUUUAGUGGAUUUGCUGCAAUAGAAAAGGCAACAGCUGUGGAUUUGGCAGCAAAGUUUCAGAUUAAUUUUAAUAAAAUUUGUAGACCUAAACACAAAAGACACAUAGUAGAUGAUCAGGGCCCUAAUAAAAGGUUAAAAAUAGACACAGUGGUUAAUAACAGUUGUAAUUUUAGAUCAGGUAAGAAUACCUAUUUUAAUUCAGAUGGAUUAAGUAAGGAAAUGCAUACAUUUGAUAGGAAAGUAGAAUUUCCAAAUUUUGAAAGUAUGUUGGAACAGAACAAUUCUUGUAUAAUUGAUACUAAAUUUGGAGGAUUUUCAAAUGCUGCUGGCAAAAAGAUCUUAAUAUCAGCUGAUUCUUUAAGUAAAGCAAAAUCUUUGUUUGAUAGUAUUGAUAGUGAAAUUAAUACCAAUUAUAGUGAUUCAAAAGAAAUAAGAAAUAAUACUUUAGGAGAUAAAAGUCUAAAUUUACAGAUGUGCUGUGAAAUUACAAGUAUAUCUUCAAUGAAUAACAUAUCCACUUCUGAAACGAGGAUGAACAUAAACUCUGCUUCACAAAAAAAUCAUACAUCAGUGCUAAGCAAAAAUGACCAGAAAGCCUGUAGCAGUAUAAAAGAUAAGUUGAAAUACUUUGAUAACCUAAUAGGGGCAGAUGAAAACGUAAGUGAAGUUCUAGAUAAUAAUAAAAAUCAUUUUGCUUCAGUUUCAUCUACAACAUUUGGAGGAUUUUCAAACGCAGCUGGCAAACAAAUUUUGGUAUCAGCUGAUUCUCUUAGUAAAGUGAAAUCUUUGUUUGAUAAUAUUGAUAGUGAUUUUAAAGAAACAGAAGAAGCAAAACUUGUUGGUAAUAAAAAACGAAAGUUACAAAGAUUUAGUAAUAUUAAAAAUGUUUCUUUACCAAAUAGUCACACCAUUGAAGGGCCAAAAAUGAAUUCCAAUUCUUCCUCAUCAACAUCAUCACUUACUAAAAAUUAUCAAAAGACAAAUAUUUCUGCAAAACAAGAUCUUAAGCAGUUUGAUCACUUAGUAGAAGAUGACCUAUCGAAACCUACUAAAAGUGCACCAGAUGAAACCACAAGUAAAAAUUUGUCUAUAGGGAAUUAUAAAAAUAGUUUUACCUCAGUUUCAGUUACAAAUAAUAAUUCCUUUGGUGGGUUUUGUAAAGCUUCCGGCAAAGAGUUAAUAGUAACUUCUACUGCUUUAUCCAAAGCAAAGGCUUUAUUUGAGGAUAUAGCUGAGGAUACAAAUCUUAACUUGAUAAGGGCAGUAAAACCUUUAAGUGAACAAAAUACUGGUCUUGGAAAUCAUGAUAUUAAAAAUAUUUCAAAAAUAGAAAAUAAUAUUUAUCACAGUAAAAUACCUAAAAUUAGUGGUGCACAAGAAAAUAAUCCAUUGCAACCAAAUCACAAUAACCAAAAUAUGUGUGAAUUUCAGAGUAACAAUGGUAAUACUUCUGUAAAAGAUAAACUUAAAUACUUUGAUCAACUGAUAGGAGAUGAUUUAGAUUUUGUUCCAAAAACUGAUUCAAAACUUCCCGAUUUAGUCAACAAGCACAGUAUUACGAAACGACCAACUGUAGUUAAACAAAAAUUAGAAUUUUUUGAUAACUUACUUGGAAAGAAUGAUCUGUCUUUUAAAAAUAAUUCAUUUUCUAAUAGAAAUCCACAAAAUUUUGGAAGUUCCUCUAGUACACAUGGAAAGAGCUUAGAACUGUCUGAUAUUGCUUUAAAGAAGACCAACACUACUUUUGAAGACACUUUGGAAACAAAAUCUAAUUCCAGUUUUAAGACUCCCAUAAAAGAUCUUGGUAACUCAUCAGCCAAAAAAACUAAAAGGAAGUUGGGUGUCUCAUCUUUAAGACAGAUUUCCAUUCCUGAAUCAAAAUUGCAGAAGGCUAGAUUGAUUUUUGAUGAAGAAUUUACUGGAAUAUCACCUAUCAAGCCUUUACUACAAACUUCCAACACUGUUGAGAACUCCUGUUCCACUCCAAUAAAAAGAGAUAUUGAAACACAUAAGAGUUUUAUGGAUUUUCGAGAAACUGUUUCCAAAGAACCAGGUAUUACUGAAACAGAACAGUCUGUUAUACAAACUGAAUUUAAUCUUAAAGAAGAUUGCCUAGUUACCUUUACUAUACCUGAGAAUAAAGACUUAAAUGAAGUUAUUGUGGAUUUUAGUGCAGAAGCUAGGAAAUUAGAACAAAAGUUAAUAGUGCUUAACAAAAGGAAAGAAAUUCUGGAAUCUUUUAGGAAAGAUAAAGCAGAUUGUGAUAAGAAGCCUAAAGUUGGAAUGUUAUCCAAAUCUAAAAGUCAAAGUAACAGAAUAUUAUUGAGAACUUUUGUAGAAGGACUUCAACCAGGGGGAAAUGGUGACAGUAACUUCAAUUGCAUCACACCUCAAAAUGCUGCAGACAUUCAUUUCAAAGAAUCAUCUGCACUGAUUUUGACAGAAGAUGAAGCUACUGUAGUACCAAAUAUAAAUAACCUAAUAGGAGUUUCUGAAAUAGAAAACGCCUUUAAAGCUAUGCCUGGAACAGAUCCCAGGUUAAUACCAAAAGGUUGGAUAAAAAACCAUUAUAAAUGGAUCAUUUGGAAGUUAUCCAGUUAUGAAAGAAUGUUUCCAGAUCAGUUUAAAGGUUCUCUGACUGUUGAGCAUGUUAUACAGCAAUUAAAAUAUAGAUAUGAUCGCGAAAUUGAUAAAGUAGAGAGAUCUGCUUUACGAAAGAUACUGGAAAGGGAUGAUGUUCCUCAGAAGAGAAUGGUUCUUUGUGUUUCUGGUGUGAAAAAGGUAGGAUUUAAUUCACAUGAACUAGAACUUACUGAUGGUUGGUAUGGAAUAAGAACUGUCAUCGAUGAGCAUUUAAAUCAACAAAUUUUUGCUGGAAAGAUCAAAAUCGGUACUAAAUUGAUUACCUGCGGAGCUGAAUUGAUGAACUGUGAUGGAUGCCACCCUUUGGAUGUUACGGAUUUAACGUUCUUAAAAAUAUGCUUUAAUUGCACACGAAGAACUAAGUGGGAUGUGAAAUUAGGAUAUCAGAGAUUUCCAGGUCCCUUUUCAGUACCAAUUCACAGUGUUCGUCCUGGUGGUGGGCCCAUUGGACGUAUCGAUGUCUAUGUUGUCAGAAGUUAUCCUUUCAGGUAUUUGGAUAAGUCUGAGGUUAAAUGUGUUUGGCGCAAUAAAAAAGCCGAAGAACGAAGAGCACAAGCUUGGGAGAAUGAGCGAUACAAGAAAUUAGAAUUAAUUGAAGAGAAUAUACGAAAUGACUAUAGAAGUAUUAGUAAUUUAGAAAAGUUUAAUAAAAAUUGUGACAUUUCUGGAAUAAACUGUCCCAUAACUCUUUUGGAAAUUAUAGAAAACAGUAACGAUCCAGAAACGAUGGAAGCGAAGUUAACUUCUUCCCAAAAAUCAUCGUUACUCAACUACAAGCAAAACCUCCUUCAACAAAAACAACAGGAAAUGGCUGCAAAGCUGAAAAACAGUGCGGAAAAACUUAAAAUGUCCAAACGUGAUGUUGUUGCGGUAAUGAAAAUGUUAGUGGUUGAUCAAAAAGGAAGUCCUACGAAAACGUACAACUUCUACGUGUGGAAUGCAACUGAUAACCAUUUGCAGCUGAUCAAGGAGGAGUCUUGUUUGGCCGUUUUCAACGUAUAUCCCAAAAUAACCGGUGAUCUUAAUUCUGGAGUAAAAACGACAUUUGAGUCUAAACCGAACAUAAAAUAUCAAUCUGAAAUAUUCAAAAGAAAAUUAAUGACAAUCGGGGAUUUGCAUAGUUGGAACGUUUCUUCGCAUUUUAACGAAUUUGAUACGGUGGGAGUUAUUGUCCAAUUAUUCGUCGAAAAUGCUACGCAAGAAAUAUGGCUCUGUGAUACAUCAGCAAGAUUAUUACUAAUAAAAAUCUCCGAGGGACCAAGUACAUGUCUCUUAUUAGAUGGUUUAAAAAGAGGUCAACUCAUUUCUGUAUGUAAUUUGACGUAUCGAGGAACGUCCAAUGAAUUAUUGGUUAGUAAAGCUUCUGCCAAUCAGUUCACGAUAAUUUCCUCUUAUCCAAAAUACAAGCACCUUCAGAAUGGAUUAGAUGAUCUAAAAAAUAAGUUACCUAAGAAAAUAGAUGAUUUGUUAAAGGACUGUGAUAAUAGGAUAGAUAAGUUUAAACAUCGAAACUCUACAAGUAUAUUCGAUGAAAGUGAUGAGGAUAUUACUUUAACUUCAUCGAAGAUUACCAGUACCGAUGUGGCGUUAUCAUUGAUAGAUUUUGAUAAGUUUACAUAAAAUCAAUUAUAAGAUUUUAUUUUUUGUUUUGUUUUUCUGUUACAUUAAGUCUAAAUAAAUUAAUUAUUAUUUUUCAUAUAAAGAGUUGUAAUAAACGUUAU